GACACAGCGAUCACAAGUGGGCGGGACUUCCGGUGAGCGGACCCGGAAGAUUCAGAUACAAGUUUCGCUGUUGCUCCCUGCAUCCAUAUGCUCGCUACUUUAAACGUAUUAAUGUAAUUUAGACGUUUUUUUUACUCUGUAGUAUUAGCAACAAUGUUAUCUUUAGACUUCCUAGACGACGUCCGUCGCAUGAAUAAGCGGCAGCUGUAUUACCAGGUGCUGAACUUUGGUAUGAUUGUGUCUUCUGCUCUGAUGAUCUGGAAAGGACUGAUGGUUGUCACAGGCAGCGAAAGCCCUAUUGUUGUUGUUCUCAGUGGGAGUAUGGAGCCGGCUUUUCACAGAGGCGACCUGUUAUUUUUGACAAAUCGAGUGGAGGACCCCAUCAGAGUUGGAGAGAUUGUUGUCUUCAGAAUAGAAGGCAGAGAGAUCCCAAUAGUACACAGAGUGCUAAAGAUCCAUGAAAAACAAAAUGGAGACAUAAAGUUCUUGACCAAAGGAGACAACAAUGCAGUGGAUGAUAGAGGGCUGUACAAGCAGGGCCAACAUUGGCUGGAGAAAAAAGAUGUGGUGGGACGAGCCAGGGGGUUUGUGCCAUAUAUUGGAAUUGUCACCAUCCUCAUGAACGAUUACCCCAAGUUCAAAUAUGCUGUUCUCUUCAUGUUGGGUCUUUUUGUCUUGGUCCACCGGGAGUGAGGCGCUGAAGCUUCAGCACUGAUGAUGGAUAAACUACGUCCAGAAAACCUCAGUCAUGCCUUUCAAAAUACAUUUGCUUUUCGUUGUCAAACCCAGCUUGAUAUAUUUUUUUUUGUACCAUUUGUUCAAGCAUUUUGUAGAAAUGUGAAUAGAGUGUUUACAUUUUCAAAAGUCCAAGCUUUAAAAGUAUUUUUGUGAGGGAAUUCACUAGGAUUAACUUUCAAGUCGAUUUAGUAUGUGGUCUUCAGAUUGUUAAAUUGCAUUCUUUAAGUUAAAUUUAAAUUAGCUUUUGUUAAUUUCCUCAUUUGUUGCUUCUGGAAAUAUGGAAGUGUUAAAAUAUAUUAAAUUGAAUAUAAAAUCUGUUUAGCAUUCACUUUGGAUUACACAACCUGUCUUAUUUCAUUUGGCCCUUCACAAAUGGAUCAUUUUCUAUUAAUGUAAAGAGUUCAUUCUUGUGGGGAGACAAAAAAAGAAUUCACUUCAGUUUGUAGAAUUGUAAGAAAAUAUGUUUAGCCAACCUUUUUACAACCCUAUAUUGGAAAUGAAAUUUGUGUCUGUCGUUGUUGAGAGACUUGAAUAAAAACAAACAUUUUAAAGCUU